AUGUAUACAACUGCCAGUGACGUCACGAAUGGCAUUGUACCUUCACAAGAUUUCGAUCAAUAUUACCUUGCGGAGCAAGGUCAUGUUGGAUGGCAGGCAGCUUCGUCAUGGCAAGGGGUCAACCUGCCUGUCGACGUGACGAUCGAACGCAAUCUUCGCAAUCUUACACUUGACCCAACGAAAUCCCUAUCACCUGUGGAUGAAAUGGUCGAGAUUUUUCCCAAUGCUCCUCCGCUGUCUUCUGGACCACUCCACCUCGCACUCAACUGCUUUGUCUUGGGCACGCAGCGAAUUGGGCUUGGGAUAAGCAAACUACAAUUUCCCGAAAGGACUGCCUGUAUGCCAAUGAUAUUCAAAGUGUCGAGAGACGGCGGUCGUGACUACCCUUGCCAAAGUCCUCGACUCUAUGACCUCCGUAAUGGUCCCAGUGCUCCCUUGCCUGGCAGAGGUACUCUCCAUGAAGGUGAUAGGGCUGUGUCCCAGCUAUCUGUCUUUGCGAAGGAGUGGACUCCUGUCAGCGCGGAGUGGAAUGAUCCGCAUGCCGAACAAGACAUGGCUAGUUUGCUGAGGAUGCGCAGCGUCGUGCUAUCUCUUUUGGAACAGGCUCGAGGGGAGAAGCAUCUGAAGAGCUCUCUUGAAGCUGAGGUCGAUAUUAUCUUUCCCAACGAUAUAUCCUAUUUGCACGCAGAGACCUUCCUAAAGACGCUUUUCAUCGUUUCUGAUGCCAACAUCACGGACGAAGGCUCUCUCCGCACUAGUUCAUUCGCGUGGUCCUAUGUCUCUUCAAUGGAUAUACCCGACUCGGACUUGGAGCUGGCGAUUCGCAUUAGACCUGCAUCCUUGGAUAAGUGCCCAUGCGCUGCCGGGAAAGAUCAAACAUACAGUGUGGUAGCGCUUAGCAAGUCUAGUAAGGGUUGCUGCCAACUCAUUGUACUCUGCUAUCAACCGCCCCACCAAUUGUGGUCUGUGCUCUGGCAAUAUCAUGGUGUUGAGUGGUGGGAAGGUUUUCAUUGA